AUGACUUCAGGAAAUUCAAUAAAGAAUAUUCAUUCAAAAAUCGUACUCGAUUAUUCAUUUUGUAAUUCAAGUAAUAUAUGGAAUUAUCUUGGUAUUAUAACAAUUAUUCUUUUUCUAACUAUUUUAAUAUCAUAUUUAAAACAUCGCCAACGUCAACAAUCAUUACGUCAUUAUAAAUCAAAUUAUAAUUGGUUUUAUGUAUUUAUUUUAAUUUUACUUGCUUUAUUUUUUGUUAUACCAUGUAUGUGUUGGUUAUUAACAUUAGUUGAAAUUUUAGUUACACUUAUACGUUAUGGUCAUAUUGCAGCAUCACCAUUGCCAAUACUUUCAUUACCUAUACGUUUUUUAGCAUUUACAUAUAUGAAAAUUAUUUCAGCUAUAUAUAUGUAUUUGACAGCACCAGGAACAUUUAUUUUUCUUUUAUUCUUUAUUAUUUUAAAAUAUAUUAAAUUUGUAAUUCUUAUAACUAUACAUUUUGGUUUGCUAGGAUUUCUUCUCUGUUCAUGGAUUGGUUUUGCUAUACCAUUGUAUGCAUUGAGUGAAGUUGGAAAUAUUGAUUCAUGGAUUGACUUAGCAUUUAAUAGUCAAUUACCAUUAUUUAUUAUCUUUCAGUUUCUACCACUUCUUCUAGCUGUAAAAUCACUGAUUUUAUGGAUAUUUCUAUUUAUUGUAUUUCUUAUUGGAUGUUAUAUUCAGCUUGGUUUAACAUUAUUAUUUUUUUGUAAAUGUUUACUUAUUAUUGUUCUUGUACGUUUUACAUAUGUGAUAGGAAAAUGUUUUGUUGUGUUUAGUUUUUUUACAUCGGUGACACCAAAUGCUAGUAGAAAUAGUGAUGAUGUUCAAUGA